CAGAGAUUGCAAAUGCUGCGCAACAUGUCAGACAGUUAUGGUUCAUCCCAGCCUUCUAAGUAUCGUAAUGUUAGCUCUGUCUAUAUCAAUCUUUUCUCCAAAGGAAGUUUGCUCUUGGAUUGUGGAGAAGGAACUCUGGGACAACUGAAAAGAAGAUAUGGUGUAGAUGGUGCAGAUAAUGCUAUUAGAAAUCUCAAAUGCGUUUGGAUCUCUCAUAUUCAUGCUGAUCACCACACCGGUUUGGCAAGAGUGCUUGCUCUGAGACGUGAUUUAUUGAAGGGAGUGCCACAUGAACCAUUGCUGGUUAUAGGGCCACGACAGCUUAAGCGAUAUUUAGAUGCAUAUCAAAGACUUGAAGAUCUUGAUAUGCAGUUCCUUGACUGUGGGAGCACCACAGAAGCUUCAUGGGAUUCUUUUGAGAGCGAUAAAGAAUCAAAUAAUGAUGGAUCAUAUCCAGGAAGUCCAAGACAUUCAAAUGUCAACAAUGAAAGCAUGCAAGAUAUUAAUGGAACUUUGUUUGCUAGAGGAAGCCGCAUGCAGAGCUAUUGGAGGCUACCAGGCAGUCCAGUUGACCAUUCUGCAGCUUAUCCAUUCCUAAAGAACUUGAAGAAAGUGCUAGGAGAAGCAGGAUUAGAGGCUUUAAUUAGUUUUCCUGUCGUGCACUGUCCCCAGGCAUUUGGCAUUGUUUUGAAAGCUGCAGAGCGUGUCAACAGCGUUGGAAAAGUGAUCCCCGGGUGGAAGAUUGUGUACUCAGGUGACACUAGGCCCUGUCCAGAACUGGUAGAUGCAUCUCGUGGUGCAACAGUUCUCAUACAUGAGGCAACUUUUGAGGAUGGAUUGGUUGAGGAGGCCGUUGCAAGAAACCACAGCACAACCAAGGAAGCCAUUGAAGUGGGAAACUCUGCUGGUGCUUAUCGCAUCGUCUUAACCCAUUUCAGCCAAAGAUACCCGAAAAUUCCUGUAUUUGAUGAGACACACAUGCACAAGACAUGCAUUGCUUUUGACAUGAUGAGCAUUAACAUAGCAGAUUUGCCUGUGCUCCCGAAAGUGGUUCCAUACCUUAAAUUGCUUUUCAGAAACGAGAUGGCAGUUGAUGAGUCAGAUGAUGUUAUAGAUACUGUGGGUGUAGCUUCUUAACAACUAAUGAAUUAAUUGUUUUUGGAUGUUUUAAA